UCUCGAGUAGAAAACUGUAAUGACUUUGUAUCGCAGGCUGAAUGCACGGAAUUCUUUCAAAAACGAUAACGUCCAACACGGGUGAACAACCAUUGAAAACACGUUGUUUUCCCGGUUCAGCCAAAGUAGCUUUGGACUCCAUCAAACCUUUUUUUAUAUGACCAAGUACAAUUUCAGGCCAAAGUAAAGUGACCCAACACAACCCACCAAGAUAAAAAAAAUAAUAAAAAUAAAUAAAUAACCAAUUUUCAUUUUUAAAUUUUAAGUUGAAAUCCUCACUAACAUUUUCGAAUACAACGGUUGAAGCUUGAAGGUCGCUCUUUUGCUUUUCCGUCGCCCUUAAUCCCCCAAUCAAAGGUCAGUGUUGCUCUUGCUCCAAGCCUCCGACACCGGACCAUCACCGCUUUUCAGAGGUAUAAUUCGUCAUCAACAUGAGUACUCGUGUUCGUCAGAAAAUGAAAUGUGCUACUAACCUUAGAAAAAUUGUUGACCUACUUCAGGAUUUGAGGGAAAAAAACAAAACAGAUUUAUUAAGUUCUUCCAUUUUUACGAACUUGAUAAAUCUAAAAAAUGACCGAGAGGCUAGUGGGCCUCUAGUACUCGAGCUCUGUAGUGUGUUUGAUGGGACAAAAUUUGUCUUCAACCCAUCUACGACAAUGCAAAUAUGCAGCCAUGAUGUAGCAGCAGCCCUUGGUAUUGCAGAUUCCGGGAUCGUGAUUGAUCCCUCUAUAUUGGAAAACUAUUCUGAUUUGCCUACUUACAUCCCCCAUUUUGAGAAAAGUCGAUAUGGGGAUGUCCUGUUGACCUCUGAUCUUAGGAAGAGUAUGGUUGAUAUGGAGAUUAAAACAAAGGACGAUGAGGUGAUCUUUCAAAAACGAUUCACCUUGUUUAUCAUCGACCAGUUUCUUUGCCCUAAGACCUUGUACCAAGCAGUUAAUUCAAAAUGGUUUAAAUUAGUUGAUGAUUUAAAGACGGUUAAUUCUUUGAAUUGGCCUGAAAUUGUACUUGGUCAUAUAAAAAAAGGUUUGAUGGAGUCCAAAUCUACUUUGGCUGAACCGGGAAAACAACGUGUUUUCAAUGGAUGUUCACCCGUGUUGGACGUUAUCGUUUUUGAAAGAAUUCCGUGCAUUCAGCCUGCGAUACAAAGUCAUUACAGUCUUCUACUCGAGAAGUACCAUUCUAAAAGGGCUAAAGUUUAUAAUCUCAAAGCCCUAACUGCUGAUCAAAUAUUACCCUGCCACAUAUGCGAACCUGUGUCUCUGAAUCAAAUAGGUCUUGCUCCCUUGUUGAUGCCACCUCCGGUGGAAAAUGAAGAUCCUGUGGAGAAUGAAGUUCCGGUGGAGAAUGAGGUUCCGGUGGAGAAUGAAGUUCCGGUGGAGAAUGAGACUCCGGUUUCAAUGCCUGUCUCGAAGGAGGUAUUGCCCACAUCUCAACCUCAACCUCAACCUCCAAUGUUGGACCCUUUGGUCUCCUCUUUUGAGGGCAUGAACCUCGAUCAUCCGGAAGAGCCGCAGCCGGAAGAGCAGCAGCUGGAAGAGCCGCAGCCGGAAGAGCCACAACCAGAAGAGCAGCAGCUGCGGAGGUCAUGCAGAUAUAGAGUACCAAGUCAGAAGGCUGUGGAGGCAGCGGCAACAGCGGCAGCGAGCCGAGGUAGGGGCCAAGGGGAGCUUGCUGAGGGUGCUGACAUUUCAUAGCUAUCUUACUCAUGUUAAGGAGAACUUCUAUUAUUAUUAUUAGGUGCUUAUUAUGAUUUAUGGCUAUAAAUGAUAAUAGGUUUAGAGUAAAGAAUACAUAUUUUGUUCUAAAUAUUACUGUAAUGGUGGUGUUUUAGUAAUUUUAAUUUCUGAAAUUGCUAUUUUUGAAAUUUGCCCAAUGUGCGGAGAUGCUUCUGAAACUCCCUCUCAUGCUUUCUUCAAGUGCAGGGAAGCUCGAUAUUUCUGGUAUGCCUCUCCCAUUAGACUUGAUGUCAGUAAUUGUGAUGAUCUUUCCUGUAAAAAUUGGUGUUUUGCUCUGUGGAAAUUUUACAAGGAUGAUUCAUGGUGGAGUCUAAUUUGGUCAUUAUUGUGGGGACUAUGGCUAAAAAGAAAUGCUUGGGUUUUGAUAAAAAAAAAAAAAGGUUGUUGGAUAGGGAGAUUAUAGGGAAGGCAGUUAGUGUAGUUGGAGAAUAUGAGAAAGCCAAAGAAGCUGCUGCCUCUGAUCACUGCUCUCCUGCCUGUACUUCUCAUAUUUGGCAUGCCCCUGCAAUGGGCUUAUAUAAAAUUAAUACAAAUGCUGCAAUUUUUGAUGAUGGCAGGUUUGGUUUGGGUGGCGCCAUACGUGACUGCUUGGGGGACAUUAUGGCAGCAACGUGUAUAAUUGUGCAGGGAAGUGGCAAGGUGGAAGUUGCUGAAGCGCUUGCUGCAAGACAUACUUUAAACAUUGCUUUAGAAGCUGGCCUUUCUCGGUUUGUUCUUGAAACUGAUAAUCUUAAACUCUUUAAACAUCUUGAGCAAGGGAAGUGUGAAGCUAAUACUUUUGGCCUUGUGGUUAGUGAUAUUAUGGAGUUAGCUAAGAAGUGUGAGUUUUUUAGCUUUUCUCAUAUUGGCAGGAGGGGAAACAAGGUAGCCCACUGCCUUGCUCACCUUAGUAAGCAGAUAGGGGAGUUGAGAGUUUGGUUUGAGGAGUUUCCUCAAGAAGCUCUUUGUUUUGUAAUCUCGGACUCUGCUGUUUCUGUUUAGUUGUUCUUGUUGUUUUCCAGU